AUGAAGCAGAACUUCUCAACUGAUGUUCAACAAUUUGAUGAUUUCUGUCACUCACAGAAGUCUAUUACUUGCUUGGAUAACCUAAUUCAGACCUCCACUAUAUCAGAUUAUGAUCUUGGGGGCGAAGGGGAUCUUUUCAAAGCACCUGAACCUAUAAUUGAACAACCAUUAAUCAGCCUUGAUCCUAUGACAUCUGCAAUUGCAAUGAUCACUUGUGGAGAAGACACCAUUUCCCCCCAAGAACUCAAAGUUACAGAUAUCGAAUCACUGCAGAACGAAGAGUUUCUGAAUGAUGUUUUCUAUGAAUGUAAAAACAUCUUGGCUCAAGAAGCAGCAGCAACCGAAUCAUCACCAUUAUCUGAAGUCCUAAGUUUCAGUUUCCCGGUGGUUACAAGAGAUGAAAACACGGUUGCAAAGGAGAACGUCCAUCCAUCAUGUCAAAUCCCAAAAAGCAUGAGCGCUGAUAGUUUAAACUCAAUGGAUUGGAUUCAAGGGGCUCCAAGUUUUCUGAAUUUCAGUGAAUUAGAUUUUGGGAAUGCUUAUGGUAUGCGAAGGGCUUUCAGUGAUGGAGACAUAAAGACCCUUGCGGAUGCAAACACCAACACGGGACUGAUUCAAUAUCCCCUCGGGCUUGGGUGGCAGCCACCACUAAUCAGUGAGCGUGCCAUUGAAGACCGUAUGCAAAAGCUCUCAAGAUACAGGAACAAGAAAACAAAGAGGAAUUUUGGCAGAAAAAUCAAGUAUGCUUGCAGGAAGGCUUUGGCGGACAGUCAGCCAAGGAUCAGAGGAAGGUUUGCAAAAACAGAUGAAUCUGAGAUGUUGUUGAGAAAGUAGUGAAGAAGAUAGACUGAUAGAGAGCUCUAAUCAGAUCAUCAGCAUGUAGAAAUUAUCAUAGAUGAAAUGAAGAGAAGAAAAUUAUUAUGGUAGCUUUACAAUGCCAAUGCCACCCGACCCGCCCCCAGUGCUCACUGGUCAAAGUCAGAGUGAGUAGGGUUUGCUAAAUAAGGAAAGUAGCUAGCUAGCAAGACAUAAUCAUCAUCUCUUAUUUAAUUAUUUGUAAUUUCUAAUAAUCUUUAAUUAUAGUCCCCGUAAUGCUCGCUCAACUUGUCUUGUAUAU